AUGGCCGCUGUCUCGACUUCAAGCUUGGCCACGGUGACUCAGGUCAGUGUGUUGACCGAGGCUGAAUACGGUUGUGAGCACCUCGCUGCCGUUCUCAAAGACGGCGGAGAUCGCGGCGCCAAAUUCACAAUUGGAUUUAUGAAGCAAAUUGCCGCCCGGUCCCCGAUUGUGUCUGCACCUGAAACCAAUGGCGCCAAGUCGUCGGCACCUUUUACACGCCCGUCUACGAAGCCAGAGUAUAUCUGUGUGAACUGCACGGAAACAUUUAGAAAUGGCGACCGGCAUACGCAUAGUGAAAAGACGAAGCAUUUCUUUUAUAUCGACUCGCGGACAGGCGCACUGUUCUGUCAGGAAUGUCGAGAUUUUGUAUAUGACCAUGAGCUAGACAAAAUCCGAGGCAUGGCAUCGGGACUACCGUCUCGGGCUCGGAUUAGCGCAGACAAAGUCGACAGUGUGCGGAUGACGAAGAUGAUAGAACAUGCAGUCCUAGAUGCAUACGCCCAGGCGAAGAGAGACAGAGAGUCGCCUAUGAAAAACAGCAAAGAACUGUCCAAGACCACUGCUUAUGUUCUCAAAAGUCUGAUCGAAAAGACCAGCCCCUUGGCCAAGAAGCGAAAGGCCAGCGAGAUUUCGACCGACGAGACCAACGGCGACCAUGCAGGUCAAAAUGGGGUCAAUGGAAGCGUAUCUGAUGAGGCGGUCGAGCUCGAGGCGGACGAGUCGUAUGUACGGGCGAAUGCAACGAAACGGAUAUGCCAGAGUGAGGGGCUCCGGGGUUUGUUUAAUCUCGGACAGACUUGUUACAUGAACGUUGUUCUGCAAACGCUACUACAUGAGCCGCUUUUGAAUGCCUACUUUCUGGGGAAUGGACACCGGUACUACGAGUGCGCCGUCGACGGGUGCGUGCUGUGCGCGGUGAGCAAGGCAUUUGCCGACUUCAACGGGUGUGAUAAAAAGGAUGGGAUCACGGCAGAGCAGCUGCUGUACUCGACGUGGAAGAACCAUCCUGCGCUCGCUGGAAACCACCAGCAGGACGCACACGAGUUCUACCAGUUUCUAGUAGGCGGACUGCACGCGGCGACUUCGAUGGAAGACGACCAAAUGAAAUGCCAUUGUUUCUUCUGCAAGGCGUUUUUCGGCAAGUUCCAAAGCACGCUGACGUGCCAUAUGUGCCAGCACACGAGCCGCACGGAGCAGACGCUGCUGGAGCUGAGUCUGGACGUGCAGCUGCAUUCGAAAAAGCGGCCGAUGAAUGGGAUGUCUACGCCAACGCUGGCCAAGUGCCUGCAGUCGUGGGUGUCGCCCGAGGAGCUGAUUAUGGAGGGAUACCAGUGCCAGGGCUGCCACGGAUACCCAGACAAGCUCACGAAGCAGCUGCGAAUCAAGCGACUGCCGGCGAUGCUGUGCAUGCAGAUGAAGCGCUUCGAACAAACCCAAUCGGAAACGCGCAAAAUGCAAGGCAAAAUCGACUUUCCGCUGGAAAUCAACAUGCAGCCGUACACGGUGGCGAGCAAGGCGCACAAUAAGGGCCAGAGCGAAGGGUUCAUGUACGAUCUGGUGUCGACAGUGGUGCACGAUGGAGUAGGAUUAAACGAAGGGCACUACAUUGCAUAUGUCAGGCAGGGGGAGCGGUGGUGUUUGUUCAACGACGACAAGGUGACGUUGGUGACAGAGCGCGAGGUGCUGAAUGCGGAUGCGUAUUUGCUGUUUUACACGCUGCGGUCGUUGGCGUGGUGA